CGCAGUAUAAUAUUCUUGAAGGAGAGUUUCCAUAAGAUCCACCUUCAUCCCCUUUUUAGUCAUGAGUUCAAUUAUAGAAACUAUAAACAGUAAAGAUGUUGCAAACAGCCUUCACGAGAAGAGUAAAGAUGUAGCCAAUCGAAACGAGUUUACGGAUGUUUUACGUGAAACGACUGCUGAUGUAUUGCGAAAAAGAAUACAGGAAAUAAGAGAGGAUGUUUUGGAGCACGUUAACAACCGCUUUAACGACAUGAUGUCCGAGGUUCUGCAGAAGUUAGAAGUGCCUUCAACAAAGAAUGGGGAACUUUUGUACAAUUUGGAUAAAUAUCGGGAUAAAAGAGAAUCCAGCAAAAAAGGUGCACUACCGGAUAAGGAGUUCCUCGAAAGAAAUUCAUUGCUCACCGAUCUCUUCGAGAUCCCGCAUAUUCGCACAGUUUACAAUCUGUUCAUGGUCACUCUCAUACUCUUAUUUUUCAACACCGUCGUAUCCGAUAUCAUGGAAUCCGGAACGUUUCACGUUGGCACCAACACGUUAUGGAUUGGUUUCGCAAAGUUUCCAACGUGUAUCUAUAUUUGGUUAUUCAUGCAAGUCUCGACACUUGGUGUCUACGUGGCUUUCAACCUCUGGGCGUAUCAACGACUCCGAUUCUUGCCAAAACCCUCCGUCCUAAAAUUGUGGGAUUAUAACUGGCUAUCAACAUUUAUAUCGUAUCUAAUUCUCUUCAUCAUAUUCCCCAUUAAGGCGAUGAUCGAUUCGAAUCUCUCCAUAGGUUGCAGUAUGAUUGUUAUUAUGGAACAAAUACGCAUGAUGAUGAAGACUCACGCUUUCGUCAGAAGCGCGUCGCCCAGAUUUUUGUCGUACAAGCCUCACAGCGAUAUUCCGCAACCGAGUGGCCCCACAUUCUCGCAAUACCUAUAUUUCCUGUUCGCACCAACUCUUGUGUACCGCGAUGAAUAUCCCAGAACGAAAAGAAUCAGAUGGAUGGUGGUAAUUCGAAAUUUCGCUGAAGUCGGUUUAGCAAUCUUUUAUCUUGCUUUUAUCCUGGAACGGCUUGUAUUACCGGUCUAUCACGUAUACGGUACACAGCACUUGGAACGGAAAUGGUUCGUCAAGAAUAUCAUCGAAUGUUGUAUCCCUGGUAUUCUCUAUUUCAUUACUGGACAAUACCUCCUGCUGCACGCGUGGUUGAACGCUUGGGCGGAAAUGCUGCAGUUCGCCGAUCGUUUGUUUUACAAGGAUUGGUGGAACAGCACGACUUACCAUACUUAUUACCGCAAAUGGAACGUGGUGGUGCAUGAUUGGUUGUAUACGUACAUCUACAAGGACAUGUAUGAAAUCUUGGUGCCACGCAACCGGAUGAUAUCAGCUAUCGCCGUAUUCCUCGUCUCCGCCAUCGUCCACGAGUAUAUCCUUGCAUUCGGAUUUGGCUUCUUCUACCCUGUGAUGUUCAUGUUAUUCGGAGUCGUAGGUUUCGCCAUGUUCUACGUGCGCAAGGUCGUCACCAGUAACGUCUUUAUGUGGUUGAGCUGGAGCGUUGGCAACGGUAUUAUGUUCAGUCUGUACGCGAUGGAGUUCUACGCCCGGCACAAUUGUCCGCCUCAUUCUAAUUAUUACCUGGAUCUGCUCAUACCACGGAGCUGGAGAUGUCAAAAACAAUUUAACGUGUAAAUUAUCUCGCUCGCAUUAACAAUAAAUUUUUUUUUUAGACGAUGCGUCCCACAUGUAAUUUCCUUUUUGCAAUCAAAGACUAUAUAUUUAUGAGACUGUUACGAAUUUGUGUAAUCAGUUUAGCUUUAAACUGGAAUACAACAAGGAGUCGUUUGACUUCUUGAGAACAAAAUCGCAAUAAAAGGAUCAAUUAAGAUCCAAACGCAAUUGUUAGAGAGUAACAUUGAUUUAUGAAAUUC